GACGCGAGCGGACGUUAUAGCCCGCGGGCAUAAUAAACUGUAAAAAAAACCUUAUAGUGCCUGUGUUACAGUGGUUUUACUUGUGGACAAUUUUGUGUACAUUUCUAGUUUAUUAGUUUCGGUUAUUCUAGUUGCGUGGUUCUUGAGGAAAAGAUGUUGAAACUACGAGCGAAGAUCCGUAAAAGGCCGCGGUGAUGUGUCAAUUUGACAGUUUAGUGAAAAAAAAAACUAUAAAAUUGAACUAAUAUUCAACUAAUAAUACUCCCAAAAUCCUCCUAGACUAGUUAAAAGUGCCAACUAUAGUGAAACGUAGAACUCCAAACUAAUUCGUCUGACGAACAAAAAAAACGGGCCAAACUCCUCUUUUUUGGACGUCGGUUAAAAUAUAGUGAACCACAGAACUCCAAAAGCACAGAUCGUGCAAACGUAAAAUACAAAAAAAGUGAUAAAAAAUAGUGAAACAUAGAGCUUGGAAUAAAUAGAUCUGACAUAAUAACGACAGAACUCAAAAGGCAUAGGUCGGGCAAAAAUUAAAUACAAAAAGUGAUAACAAUUCAAUAGUGGACCAUAGAACCAAGUUUACAAAGAAAACAAUUGAAAUAGUGGACCAACGAACUGUAUGCAACGAUAAAAGUGCUAGAAGUGCCAAUUAAAAUAAAGUUUUUUACUGUGAUGCAAAGGGAUUGAACAAUGGAUUUACAUGCACCACCUCUAGUUGUUCACGGAUACGAACCCCAUGCACCGUUGUUGGAAGUGGAAGGUCUAGAUCCUCAUAGUCCUCAGCAAAAGGUCCUUAUUCAUGCACCAAUUCAGAGCCAAGAGCUCAUGAGCAAUGACCAUCGGAAUGGAGAUGAGCAGUACCACGGGCACAACAGUAACCAGGGAAGUGAUGGUCACGGCGGAGUCAACCAACUAGGCGGGGUGUUUGUAAACGGGCGACCUUUACCAGACGUGGUGCGACAAAGGAUAGUAGAGCUGGCACACAGCGGCGUGCGACCGUGCGACAUCAGUCGACAGCUGCGGGUGUCUCACGGCUGUGUAUCGAAGAUACUAUCUCGGUAUUACGAAACGGGGAGCUUCAAAGCCGGCGUCAUAGGGGGUUCGAAGCCAAAGGUCGCGACCCCGCCCGUGGUGGACGCGAUCGCGGCCUACAAGAGGGAGAACCCCACGAUGUUCGCCUGGGAAAUCCGGGAUAGACUGCUCAGCGAGGGGAUAUGCAGCCAGGAUAAUGUGCCCUCAGUAUCUAGUAUAAAUAGGAUCGUCCGCAACAAGGCGGCGGAGAAGGCGAAGCACGCGCACAACCAGCAACAGCAACAGCAGCAAGAACAGGAGAUCAGCUCGGCGCAGGGAAGCGUUGUUUCUGUGAUAACCCACGCGGGCAACGCGCCCGGCACUACAUCGGUGCUGUCGCCAGCGGCUGAGCACGUGAACAACACGGGCAAUUACAGCAUCAACGGCAUCCUAGGCAUCGAGCAAGUGGAUGCGCUGCACAACGGGAACGGCCUGAAGAGGAAGCGGCAUGAGGACCAGGAUGAGAAUAGAGACUUCAACAGCCAUUCGGAGGAUGACGUCAAAAGACAGAGAAGUCAUUACAAUGGCGACCAAAUAUACUCUAAUCUAUGGUCGUCAUCGAAGUGGAGUCUAAAGGACGAAUACAAGCUGCUAUCGGAGCUCGGCGGAGGCACGGGUUACUACGGCGAGCUGUUUGACGCGCCCUACGACCAUCCAGCUCACCACUACACUCCUCAUUCUGCCACCAACGACUCGACGGGUUCCGCAGCAGCGGGCGGUGAGCCUCCUUCAGCGGCCGGCAGCCCCGACGCGGCGGCGCUGGUGGUGCUGCAACCCCCCGCGCCGCCCUACCCCCCUUAUGCGCACUACGACGGCACGGCCACGCUAGCCAGCGAGUAUGCGUAUGCAGCGCCCUACUCCCAGUACUCGCCCUACGGCGGCCCCUACUCGCACUCCGCCGCCACGGGCCUGCUGACCAAGUGGUAA